AUGUCAUUGCCAUCCACACAAUUCAAUCCGUUUGGGAGACAUGAAAGGACAGUGGCAUCACUCAAAAAUGAAAUGAAUGAAGUUUUGGAAAAAAUAGAGGAAAAUAAUGUAGAGUGGCCCGCUGUAGCAAAACAAUACACCAAUAUUGCUGAACAACUCAUAGAAAUUGUUAAAGAUAUUCCAGAUUACGCGAUUCAAUCACUUCUUCUUGAGAUCGCCAAACCAUUUUCGAAAUUCUUAUCAGUUCUCGGUGCGAAAUCUUCAGAAGAGCUUAGAACAUACGAUUUCAGCAAAUUGAUUCGAAAAUUGUCUCAAUUCAUACAGAAUAUCGCUGAUAACUCUGUUGAACCUUUCAAUUCUGACGUUCUAGAGCAAUGGUCACCAAUGUUUGAAGUCUUCUUCUCUGCUAAACAUAAUUCUUUCAAAGAAAAUGGUGCCUUGCUUUGGAAAAAAACUUUCGGACGUAUAAAAACACCUCUCAGGUGGCCAGGAAAUUUGAGAAAAACUCUCGAAAAACUGCCAAAAAAUCUUGGAAUUGUUCUGCCACCAGAGGCCAGAGUCUCUUCAAAUUGCUCGCUUCUUUUCCUAGACGAAGAAGCGAUGGAUGGUUUAUCUGCAUCUUCAGGAGAUUCUGAAAGAAAUUUCAAGCAGCCAGAAUCGAAAGGAGAAGCUCUAGAAAGUCAGAACUCCUUCCAGUUUUCUCAACAACCGGAGGCUAAUGCGAUGGCCGAUAAAAUACUAAAAGACCAUAAGAUGAAAGCAGAAACAGCGAAAUCUCCAAAAUUGACAACGAAACUAAAUACCCCUUCCUCUCGGAGACGGACUGGGAAAAUCUCAUUGUUAGACGAGGAUAGUUGUGAUUUCAUUCCGAUCACAUCCACUCCACCUUCUAAUCGUAAAGUUCGAUUGACAGACCAUCAGAAAGAGACAUUAUCAAUAAAUAGAACUGAUUUUAUUGAUGAGGAAUCGCAAAAUCCCGAGAAUUUGAAACAAGCUCUUCGUGUCAAUAACUAUGCUUUGGAUGAGGAUAGUAUCAGCGCGCCGCCUGUCACAAAAACAAUGAAAUCAGACCCAAUGGAUAUCGACGAGUCUUCAUCCCAUUCAAUUUCAAAAUCAUCGGCAAGACAUUUGUUUGAUGACACACCAUUCAAAUCUCUCCCGUUGGCAUCUUCCUCUAAUCCCAGUUUUUCUUCUCCUGAUCACACCGAACUAGAGAGAAUUCCCGAUCUCUCAAAAGUUUCUACAGAAUCUCCACCUUCCAAACAUGCGAAAACAGAUAUCACUUCUAAGGAUACUGAUGGUGAUGUAGUGCUUGAAAAGCUUCCACAAAUUGUUCGCAUCGAUUCAACCUCCCGACGUGGAAGACCGCGCAAAAAUGAAAAUUCCGAAAUCAAUUCUAGCGGUAAUAAGCGACUGGGAAGACCCCGCAAAGAUACUCAACAACAAUGUCUCCCAGUGGAGAAAGAAAUCACCAAGAAUUCUGACGCUUCAGUUAUUUCGGGAAAACCUGAAAAACCUGAAGAAGAAAAGCCUAUGAAAUCUGCUAUCGAUCCGGAAGACUCCUUUGCGGAUGCUGUUCCAAUGGAUGAUCUGGAAACUACGACCGUCACGAAAUCUCCUCCAAAAACACCGUCUAUUCUUCGUGCCUCUAAACGAAUGGCCUCGGAUUCGCCAAUGACAGAGAGAAAGAGAAACCGUGUACACUUCAAUGAAGAUUCGCUACCACAAGAGUCAACAUCAUCUCCAAUUACUCCACGUAGAAGAGCCGGAAGUAGUGGGAAAAGCCCGCUGAGACCUCAACUUACAACAACUAUCUCAAUUGUGGAGUCCAAUGUGGACAGCAAGUCCAGUACUAAUAGUCUAAUGGAAAUGGAAUCUACUACAGCAGAACCAAUUGUGACAACUCCAUUUUUCCCUGCUCUUGUCGAUUGUAAAGAUAGAAUUGAUAGAAUCAUUCCAAAUUUGGUGUUCAUGUGUCGGAAGACUUACAUGGAUUCGGCGAAAAAGUCACUGCAAAGCAUUGGAGUGAAGACAGUUGGACAGUUUGCGGCACUAUCAAAGGCUGAUAUCGAGAAGUUGACUUGGAUUAAAGGAAAGACGACUGGAGCGAAGAAUGUGUUGACUCAGCAUGAGAAAAUGUGGAACUCGGUUGUUGCUGAAGAUGUUGGAGAAGACGUCGGAGAUGUCGUGGAGUCAGUGGAACCCAAGGACUCUGCAGAAUCUGCAACAGUUGAAAAUACCUCAUCAGAAGAGCUGAAGAUAGACACGAAUCCACCAACAGUUCCUGAAUCUGAAAUUACUCAAUCUGCAGAAAGAAUCCAAGAAACUACCGAAAUGUCACCACAGGAAGAAGUAAAUCCAACUCCAGUCGAAUCAGAAAAGGGCGAUCCCACCCCAGUUGUAAGCGAAGCUCCAGAAUCGGGGUCGACGCCAUCUGAAGCGUCCCAGACACCACAAGAAGAAGUGAAUCCAACUCCAGUCGAAUCAGAUGAGCUUGCUGACGAUUCUACACCUCUUCGAUCGGGGUCUACGCCUUCUGAAGACCCAAAGACCCCACAAAAGACACCGGAGGCCUCACAAUCACCAGCCAGCCCGAUUUCAAGCAACACUGCUUCAAUUGUCUCCACUAUCUCCUCAACUGAUACAGUUGAACCAAGAGAAAGAUCAGCGGUGGUUUCUCGGAAGAAUCUGGCUCCAAUGUUUUUAGGAAAAGCAAUCAAGAAAGAGACGCAGUCUCCACAAAAGACUGAAGUACAGAAGCAGAUUGAAAGUGCGGAAACUUCGUUCCAAGAAGAUGGACGUCUGCUCCAUCGAAUCUGUGUGAACAUCUCCAACGCUCACUCGCAAAACAAAUGGCCUGUUGAGAAUUCCACAAAACUUUUAUCCAAUCUUAACAAAGCGGCAAUCGUCUUCAAGAAUAUUGUUCAAAUACGAGGUUCUGGUGAUUGGGAUGACGUGGAAUACGAAAACGAUCAUGUAGACACCUUUUCUGUGGAAGAUGACAUUGAAUCUCUUGUUAAAGUGUACAAACGAUUCUCUCGUCAUCACACUUCUUCAAUGGCAAGUUGCCUGCCUUGGAAGAGUGUCAUGGAUUGUUUAAACGAGUCGGCAUGUCUUCUGGAGAGCAUCUAUCUGGCGAGAACUCCAAGCUCUUAA